CUUUACUCUAUCAUAUUGUUUCACUGUUUUUUUUUUUUGUUUUAUACAAUGUAGCGCAUCAUUUUAAACUUUUCAGAUUUGGUUUUAAUUUCUCAUAAAUUCACUUCAACACACACACACACUAUAUAUGUAAGCGAUCUAGUCGCUGAUAAUCAGGAGUAAAGAUGAGAUGAGAUGAUAAAGAUGAGAUGAGAUGAUGAAAAAGAUACUGGUGAUGAUUAAAGUUGAGGUUGACGACGCAGAUGCAGGCCAAGAAGUCGCAGGGGUGCUGCGCUGGCGGCUCGAGCAGAGAUGUGCUCGCUGGUGCUUUGCUGGCCGCUACUGCGGCAGCCAAGAUGGCGCUCAGUGGCGCUCCGCUGGCCGCUAUGCGGCGGCAAAGGUGGCGCUAAGGGCGCUCCGCUGGCCGCUAUGCGGCGGCAAAGGUGGCGCUAAGGGCGCUCCGCUGGCCGCUAUGCGGCGGCAAAGGUUGCGCAACGGGCGCUCCGCUGGCCGCUAUGCACGCAACGGCGGCGCUAAGGGUGCUCCGCUGGCCACUAUGCGCGCAAAGGUGGCGCUAAGGACGCUUAGCUAGCUGCUAUGUGCCGCAAUGAGAGCACUUUGGCGCGCUUUACUGGCCGCUAGGGCGGCGACAAAGAUGGCGCUUAGUAGCGCUCCGCCGGCUGCUAGCUUAGGCACUGUCACGCUCAAAAAGAGCCAAACCAAAAGCAGAAAAUUUCGGAAACGACCUGUGUAAACGACAACAAUAAGUAAAGUACACCUACCAGA